GUCCAUUGACUCAUUCUCAUGACUGCGGCCGUCAGGACUGUCUGUCUGUCUGUCUCACUCACAAAUAUGAAUGACAUCAUGAUGUCAACACGAAGAAGCUGGCACGACUCUCUCCUCAUACACACGGGCCUCUCUCUCUCUCCCUCCGACACGCUGUGUCGUUGAGCGUAUCUGUCACAAUGAAUGCUAUCUCUCUCUCUCUGUGUCAAUGUCCUGGUGGCCCACCACAUAGCCAUACGGCUGAUGCUGCUGACUUGUCCGACCGCCCUCGCCCCCACGCACCACCACCCGGCCCCCCGACAUGUGUGGCGGCCAUCUGUCAACAAACGGGCUCUCCUCCCUGCUGCCGCCGCCGCCCAGAAACGGCUGACUGAUGCCAUUGUUGACAUAAGUCACAUCGACUCCAGCAGCAGUGGGCGACACGCCCCUGCUCAGCGAUUGCGGCCUCCGCGUGCUAUAGUGGUCCCUGCCACACACACACACACACACGCACACACUCACACACACGCAUGAGAACCCCGCCCCACGCGCAGGCACACACACACAUUCCGCGCCUUCGUUCUGUGUCUGACCAAUGCUUGUUGAUGUCUGUGUCGGAGAUUCUAUGCGGCGGGAGGGAGGGGGAAAACCGACGCGCAGAGGGCGACGCAGAGGCCUCAUCCUGCACAUCAAGCCAUCCAUCCAUCCAUCCAUCCAUUCUUGCUUCUGGCAGCGUACCGCACUUACGUCUGCGUCAGCUCUGAUGGACUGGUGCCGUUGGAAGUCGACGACGGUGUUGCGGAGCUCUUUGAGGAAGUAGACCACCCGCAGCAGCCGCAGCAGAUCCCGCACCACACGCAGCCCCAGCAUCACCGUCUCAGCGUCACUCCCUGUGUCAGACAGGGAGGGUGGGGUCAAUCAAACACACUCACUGCCAUCAGUGUGAAGGGGCUAGCUUGGUGUGCAGACAGCGACUGACGCACCGACAGUCGUUUUGGUCUCGAAGGCGUAUGUGACGACGGCGACCACGGAGAUGAGCAGCACUAUCGAGUCGAAUUUGUGUUCGGUCGAGCCGAUGAACGACCGCAGAUUGUACCGCGACAUCCGCAAGCGGAGGGCGAACUCUACAAUCAACACCUGGAGGGACACACACACACACACACACACACAUCCAGGCAGACAGACAGACAGACAGAGAGCGAGUGGCUGACUGCGAGGAUGAAGACAUCGCCGAAGAAGAGGACAUCCUCGUACUCUUCAUGCCCUGUUGACCUCUGCUCCUGCUGCUGCUGCGGUGGCAACAAAGGCUGCCGCCCAUUCUCCCCCUCCCUCCGCUGCUGCCGCAUCACGAGAACGUCCAGCACUAUCAUCACACCAUUGAUCAGACUCAUGAACGCACUUCACACACACCACACACACACACACAGAGAAAACAAAGAACCAACACGGCGUCAUGAGUAGGCAUGUUCUGUAUGUCUGUGUGUCUGUCUGUCUGUCUGUCUGUGUGUAUGUGUGUGAGUGGCCACUUGAAGAAGAUCUGGAAGACGAGGCACUGUGUGGUGAAGCAGAGGCGCUUCAGGCUCUCGCCGAUCUCGGCGUGCGGCUGCUCGACGGCCGCAGAGGCAGCCGCCUCUUGCGACGAUGAGUUUGGCAGGACAUCCGAGCUCUCUACCGCUGCCACGUAGCUGCUGUCCAUGGUCUUUUCGCCAGACUCAGAAGGGGAGGCGGAU